AUGGAGAGUGAGGUGAGGAAUGGACACAUGCAGGACACGCUGGUCCUGCGGAGCAGAAGGAGCUCGCCGCAGCUGAACCCCCGCGCGCAGUCGCUGCAGCUGCUGGACGCCGAGGAGGCAGUGAUUCCCUCGUCACUGCGUGGCCGCAUCAACAGCUUUAGUCCACCGUAUUCAUCCCACAGCCAGUGGGCCGUUGUGAUCCUAUUUGCCCUGAUGGUGGGCGUGGUGGCUGCAAACUGUCUGCCGCAGCCCACGGAGGUGGAUGCCCUCGCCUUGCAGGCGUGGGCUGCGACGGCAGCCAUCUGGCUGCCGCUGUUGGCAUGGCUCCUCACAAGCGACCCCCGUGCGCGGGCUUUGGAUGGCCAAAUGGCUCGCUGCAAGUAUGGGUGCGUCUUCGAGCUGGCGCCGAGGACCAGGCACUGUCGCCGAUGUGACAAGUGUGUGUCGGGCUUUGACCACCACUGCCUUUGGCUGAACACGUGCAUUGGUACUCGGAACUACCGGCCCUGGGUGGUUUUCCUGGCUGCGCUCUGCUUCUGGACUUUGCUCAGCUCCUGCAUUGCAGUUUCAGCGCUGUUCCGCAGCCGCCACGUGAGAAGUCGAAGACUUGCUGUUGGGCAUCGACCAGCUGUCCUGGAGUGGGAUUGCGAAGCAGUUCCGAAACUCAAAGUUGUCACUGGCGCGCUGGCCACGCUGACCACGGCCUGGCUGCUUAUGAUCUUAGCCCUGCACGCGUACUUCGCCUACGCGGGGAUCACCACGUUGGAGUGGGCCAAGGGCGCUGCGCCGAAGGCAUCUCUGAGGUGUCAGAGGCUGGAUUUUGCCAUAGCUGGCCUGAGAUGUCAUCAGCUCCUGCCUCUGCAAGAGAGGCGGCCGAAUCCACAGGUGCGCGCGUCUUCGCACUGGGCCAAGCUUCGGGCGGUGGUGCGGGAGCCGGCGUCUCUCACGUGGCGCAGGCGCUUGUCUUUGUCCUCUGUGGCCACCUUGGAGGAUCCCUCCAGCGAGGAUCGAGAGGACAGUGGGCUCUCGGAGUGUCAUAGCCCGCAUUCUGUGUAG